UUAACGCAGAGAAGCCGGCGGUUGGUCAGAAGCCUGCCGAGGAACGGGUUCGGCGAGUGCGCGCUGUUUCCGCUUCCGGGGGCGCCGCUGACGGAGCGUGCUGGUAACUGAGGAGCGAGGCCGGAGCGUCUGUGGUCGAAGCUGAAAUAAGAGCGAAGCGGCUAAGCGGGCGAUGGGGGCCAGCGGGGAGGAUGGGACGGAUAGCGAGGAGCGCUUCGACGGCAUGUUGCUCGCGAUGGCCCAGCAGCACCAAGGCGGCGUCCGGGAGGUAAGAUGGAGGGCAGGAAGGGAGGCCCUUCAUCCGAGUUCUCCUCCCGCUCCGCCGUUUAACGGUCUCCCUUCCUGGAGUCUCUCUUUCGCGAACCCCCUCGCUGGCCCAGCCGCCUUUCCCCCUCAUGAUUUCCCUUCUCUCCGAGUACCGUUUGCUGGUGAAGAGCAGCAGGCGACAGCUGCUGCCCGCAUGUUAAAAACACCUGCCAUGAAAUGCAGCUGAUGGCCACCAAAUUGGAUGACUUCACCUUCCUUUUUCCCUCCCCUGCAUCUCCCCACACCUCCUCCAAAUAUGCUCCAGAGAAGUGGGGAAUCUCUGGAGCAAUUCUUUUGGACAUGUGUGGUGAGGGCUGCAGGGUUGCUCCAGGAGAGAGAGGCAACAUCUCGUCGAUCCCCCCCCCCCAUUACUUUAACCCACUGUGUUCUGACACUGUUUUAUUAUUUCUUCUGGGUCAAAUUUAUGGUUCAUCUAACUAGUAGCCUGUCUCUAGGAGAUGCGUUGAUAGCCAGCAUAGUACUCACUUUGUUGCUUGACAUAAUGGAAAUGUGUGAAUGCCUUCCAUUAGAUCUUGGGAGAGUUCCAUAAGCACCAUGAAAAAGUUUGAAAUGGUACCUUCAAAAUACAGGCACACACACCUCUUAGUGCAUUCUACCCAUCUGCAACUGCAUAUAGGCACAGUGCCAGGAAAUAAAUAAAUAAAUAACUUUAAUCCUACCAGGAAAUGGCAGGAGAGAGCUGGAGAGUCCUCGUGGCUUGUGAGAAGACCCUCCCUGGAGCCCGAAGAGGAUGUCACUGAAAGCUGAGGAUGCCCUGGAAGCACAGCUGGGCUUUGUUUAGGCUGCUCAGCCUCCCAGCCUGACAGCUGCUUUUCUGCACAGCCUCCAUCUGCCCCCAGAGCUUCAACUUUAGAUAUUUUGGUCUGGAUUGGAGAGCAGGGGGAAAUAGGCAUUUAGAGGGUGUUCCCCACUUUAUAUGAUUUCACUUAUAUGUGUGGAGGUCCGGAAAGUAUUCUCUGCAUAAGUGUGGGAAUGCCUGUAUGUGCUUCUGUGCAAUGUAGAAAGCACCUGUUUAGACAACACAGUAGGCUUUUUGCAUAAGACCACCCUUCAGUAUUGUGUGAUGCUGAUUUAUGACAUAGGAAAUUCCUGUGUUUUAAUGAAAGAUAACAGCAUAGACCCUAAAAAUCCAUUUCGUGACAAGAAUCCAACAUCUGUUGCCAUUCAAGGAUACAAAAUGUUGAUCUAAGUGUGCCAUAAACAGACAGCAAAAGGUGUUAAGAUCACAUGUACGGACAUCAUUGUAAUACACUUAAGUUUCAUAAAGCAAAAGUUUCCAGUUUCAUUUAUAUUGACCUCUAUAGAAAACAGUUUCCCGUUAUAAUAUUAAAACUCAUGGUCACCUAAUAAAGUUGGCUAAUAACAGGUGUGGGACUGGUCAAAAGAACUGUUUUCCAAAAUAAAUUUAUAGGAUGAUGGUCACAAGCUUAGAUAGCUUUAAGGAGGAUUUGGCAAAUUCAUGGAGCAAAAGCCUGUUACUAUUAGCCAUGAUAGGUAAAUGGAAGCUCCAUAUUUUGUAUGGGUGGGGAACCCAUGAUCCGUCAACUAUUGCAAUGCCAACUUCCAUCAACUCCAGCAGCCAGAAAUGGUGGCAAUUUUAGUUCUGUAACAUCUAGAGGGAUACUGGCCCCACACCUCUGCUCUAUAGAGCCAGUAUCGGAAUACUUUAUGCUGGAGAGAAAGCCUGUUUCACAUUCUGCUUGUAAGCACCUAAGUGACAUCUGCCUUGCUGCUGGUUCCUAGGUUACAUGGACCUUAGCCUAUUGAAGUCCUUAGAAACUGUGACCAUAGCUAGCUUCUAGAUAAUUAUUGAUUUUUGAGCCAAACAGUGGUUUUCCAUCUUCUGGGUUGUUGGGCUUGAUAAUAAAGCAAAUCACACUGCAGUUGAGUAACGUGAUUUGCUUCUGGGGUUGAUGGGGAUUGGUAUCUAACAACAGUUGGAGGGCGAUGGGUUUCCUGCUGUUAUGGAAUAUGGAGCUUCCAUUUAGCUAUCAUUAUGGUAAAUAGUGCUUUGCUCCAUGAAUUUGCCAAAUCCUUUUUAAAAGCUGACUAAGUUUGUGGCCAUCACAUCAUCUUGCAGUGGCAGUCAAUCUUAUAUAUAUAUAUUGUGGAAAAAAUAUGAAUUAAAAACAAAAUUAUUUGUCCAACUAGCCAACUUCUUCCUUGCCAUAUUUUGUUUUUGCACAUCCUCUUUGAGAGCUUCAGUUCCCAUUAUGUAUAACCUAACAAGAACAGAAAGGUAUGUAAGAAGGCAUUUAGCAUUUUGACAUCAUGAAAGCAAAGUUUGAUAGUGAAAUAUUAUUAGCAGCCAUUAAUAUCAUAUAUUGCAUUGCUACUGAAACAAUAUUGGGAGCUCUUUUACAAAUCAGAUCACUUGUAAGAGACAUUGAAUUUUUAAAGAGCAUAUUCCUCAUUGUGGAGUUUGGAACAAGUUCUUGAAAACAUUGUAUCCUUUCCUUACAGCUUGUGAACACCUUUUUUAGCUUCUUGAGGCGCAAGACUGAUUUCUUUGUAGGAGGAGAAGAGGGUGCUGCUGAGAAGGUAUCCUGUUUAUCAGUUGUUGUUAAAUUUAUAAUAAUAAUAUAACAAUUUAUUACUUAUACCCCGCCCAUCUGGCUGGGUUUCCAACCAGCCCUUCACCAGCAGGUCCCAGAAAUGGUUGCAGCAAUUUAAAAUUCAGAAUUAAAAACAGCCACAGCAGAGCAGUCACAGGUAUAACGUGGGUCCCAAUAAACACACGUCUCAGUUGUGAAAGGCCAGGAGCAUAUACACAUCUGCAGAUGACACUACUAACAACCUUUUUGGAGAGUGGAGAGGUUGUUUGGUUGUGAUUUUUUUUGGCUGCUGUUUGAACAAAGGCUAGCUUCAAAAGCAAGCAUGCUGAGAUGUACUGAGUUAACUCCAACAGACACCAAUGGAUCAAUAAUUCCAGCUUGCUCUGUUUGUUCACUCCUAGAAAAGCACUAAAGUCCACUUCUGCAGUGGUAGCUUUUCCCCUGCCCCCAACAGAAAAGUUUGCUUAACAAUGUGAGAAAUGCUGCUGGUGAUCUUAGAUGCUAUGUGAUUAUUUAGUUCCUUUGCUAAUUUUAGGAGGGGAAGCAUAUGACAUAGCCUACCUUUAGAAUUUGACAACUCUUACUUCAUCUUCUAGUGAAUGUAAGAACUUCAGAGAAAUCUGUAUAUCCCCCCCCAAAAAACAAGGAAUUAGAUUAAAUAAAAUCAAUCUACAUAGAAAUGUGGAGGAUUUUUUUAAACUACUGAGGUCUUAAAUGAGGCCUUGUAUAAGAAGUGAGAUAUUGCACCCCUCUAUGCAUCAUUAACGCUACAGGUUGCCAGAUUGCCCUUCCAUUCUCUGAGACAUUUUCCAUGUCAGGCUAUUCUUUUUGUCCUUAGAAGUUCAAUCGAAGCCUGUUUCUCAAGUCAAUAUAAGAAGUGGAAGUGGGAUUAUUGCAGCAAGGUUUUCUUUUGUGUUGCAUAUGUUGGGGGGGAGGAAUAUUAAUAUUUAAAGUGGAGAAAACUUGAGUGAUUUAAGAGUUUGGAUUUUUCUUUACCUGGCAGAAUCCUGAUGAAUGCAAGAAGCCAGUGGACAUUGUGGAACAAUGGUGUUAGGGACAUGGAAACAGGAAUUCAUGUUACAGAGGAAUGCUUUUCUGCUUUUUAAAAAGUUGAUAAAAUGAGAGGGGGGAGGUCAGUAGAAACAUACGAUUCAGUUACAGCUACCAGAGUCUAUGCUAGCAAGUCAGAUUCCAUAUUAUGGAUGGAACCAGAGAUUUCUCAAUUCAUAUCUAAGUUACACACUAUCUAAAGAUUGCUUCUAUUUUUUUAAAAUGUGAGACACAAGAUUUUAAUCUGUUUUUUUCAGUAGGCACAAGUCUUCAACAUGUCACUGUCCAAAGGGCACGUUGGAUCAUGUGUUCCAAUGUCAGUUCUUCUGUUCAUGGCCUUUAGUUGCUGCAGCAGCUGUGAAGGUCACCCAGCAGCAGGAAUUCUUAAAAUUCAGUCUGUUAUGCAGUCAGAUGACUACAUCAUCUCUUGCAGCAAACAUAUUAGAGCCCUGACCUUCAGUCUCUCUCUUCUCCCCACCCCCCUCUCUCUCUCUUUUCCCUGAAUUGUGGGCAAAGGUAUUCCUGUCAUUACAACUCUGGGCUCUUGGAAAAAGGGCUGAUAUGUUACUGCAAGUAACUUUUUUUAAUGAGCCCUGAUGGAAGAAAAGCUCCCUAGUUGAUAGGAAUCUCAAGACCUCUACUUCAGGGACCGCCUCUCCCCAUACAAAUUGUCCCGGACUCUGCAUUCAUCAUCUGAGGCCCUUAUUCACGUGCCUCCUUUUCUGUAGUGGCUCCCCGUUUGUGGAAUGCUCUCCCCAGGGAGGCUCACCUGGCUCCUUCAGUACAGUGGUACCUUGGUUUACAAACGUAAUCCGUUCCGGAAGUCCGUUCUUAAACCAAAGCAUUCUUAAACCAAGGUGUGCUUUCCCAUAGCAGCGGGGGACUCAAUUUACACUCAACAGGAAGCGGAACAUGUUCUGCUUCCAAGGCAAAGUUCACAAACCAAAACACCUACUUCUGGGUUUGCAGCAUUCUUAAUCCAAGUUGUUCAUAAACUUAGCUGUUCUUAAAUCAAGGUACCACUGUAUAUCUUUUUAGGCAUCAGACGAAAACAUUCCUCUUCAGUCAGGCCCUUGGCAGAUUAAUAUUCUACAGCCUUCUAAGUGUGUUUGUGGGGAGGAGGCAUUACAGUGGUGCCUCGCAAGACGAAAUUAAUUCGUUCUGCGAGUCUUUUCGUCUUGCGAAGCACGGUUUCCCAAAGUCUUCAAAAUCACCAAAGUCUUCAAAAAAGGCUACCACACCGCGUGCUAUGAGUUGCUCCUCGAAGUCACCCUGGGUAUUAAUGGUUUUAAGAAAAAGGAAACAAACUUGCAAGACGUUUUUGUUUUUUUCAUUUUUCGUCUUGCAAAGCAAGCCCAUAGGGAAAUUCGUCUUGCGAAGCAACUCAAAAAAUGAAAAACUCUUUCGUCUUGUGAGUUUUUCGUCUUGCGAGGCAUUCGUCUUGCGAGGUACCACUGUAUUGUUUUGUUGUUUCUGUUUUAAUUAUUUUCUUGUAUUUUAUCUUGUAUUUUAUUCUGUGAACAUCCCUGAGAUCUUGUGAUGAAGGGUGAUCUAGAAAUUUAAUUAAUUAAUUAAUUAAUAGCCUUUCUAUAGCUAAUGGUGGUCACAUCAUAUGUCCAGCCCCAUAAUAUAUUGGCUGAUGAUAGAACUUGAAAGUGAUAUGAAAGUAAUCCUGAUCCCUUUUAUCACCAAAUGUAUCAAAUUGGAGGGGUGGGGGUGGAAUUGAUACUAAGCAGUCCCUUCCUUUGAUAGAAGAGCCCACCUUAAGUUAGACCACAGUGAAAGAUAAAGCCAUUUUAUCUACUACAGGAUGCUGCUUCUUAACUAGUUUUUCACAGGAUUUAUUCCGUCUCCCCAGUUAAUCACAGAGACAUUCAGUCGCCACAACAAGCUGGCUCUGAAAGCACAGAAAGAGAAGAAGGCCCGUCAAGAGGCAGAAAAGCGGGAGAAAGCAGAGCGUGCUGCAAAACUUGCCAAAGAAGAAAAACAGGAAGAAAGUGAGCCAAGGAUUAAAGAACUGACUGAGGAGGAGGCAGAAAGGUUGCAACUGGAAAUUGACCAGGUGUGAAUCCCAUUUGUUGUAACUGGAUCUUCACUGUAAUGGAAGAACAAGUAUAUUGCUUAUGUCUGGCUUGAUAGGUUAUCAGUGGCUUUCCAUUUGUUUGAAGACUGCAUUUAACCAACCAUGAAAGCAUCAACUCCUAUAGAAUUAUUUUGAUACUGUCUUAGAAUAUCUCUAAUCAGUUCCUUCUCUUUGCUUAUGUUGUAAGCCAUAGCACUUCCCAGACCUUUAUAUAUUCUGUAUCUGGAAAUUCCCCACAAUGUUCCACAAGGCAAAAUCAUCACAACUACUUAUAAUGCUUUGAAGUAGCAAAAAGCCCUCUCCCCCCCCCCCCAGCCGCUUUGAACUAACAAAGGGGCAGGGUGCUACUUCUAUUAACAGUAAAUAACAUUUCACAGACAUUUGUAGUUCUCAACUGUUAUCUUCUAAAACAGAAAAAAGAGAAGAAAGAAAAUGAGGCCCAAGGUAUCCCUUCCAAACCUGCUGAGAAUCCAGUAGAAUCUCCCGAGUCCAGCAAACAGGUAAUUUAUUCUCAGAAGUUUUUGAAACUUGUGAACAGAUAUUGGUUCCCAUCUUAAACCUACAUUGGUUUAAGAUGGUUUUUGGUUGUGGAUGCUCACACAAUAUGCUUACCAGAAUAGAAUUAUAGGGUUUAUACACGUGAACCUCUGGCGAACCUCUGGAUUGCUUUGUUUCAAAGAACUCACAUAGGAGUUGUUGAGGCCUUAGAACUAUUCAAAACUAAAUUCAUGAGCAAGAUAAUCUUUCAAGAAGGUUCAUGCAGAACCUCUGAACCACCAAUUAUACAGAAGAUGCAACAGGCAGGAAAAAGACUACAUGAAUUUAGCUUGCUAAAAGUUGAACACUAAGAAGUAUUUUUACUUUUUGCUGUGUUUUGUCUAGGAUACAGAUGAGGAGGAAGAAGAUGAGAAGGACAAAGGCAAGCUUAAACCAAACUCUGGGAAUGGGGCAGACCUUCCAAACUACAGGUGGACACAGACCCUCUCUGAACUGGAUGUAAGUAUAGGGUGUUUUUUUUAAGAACAUGAGAUGUUUUAACUAGGUGAUAAACUUAAUGAUGAGUCAUAAAAAGACAAGUCUGUCCUGCAUUGAUUGUUAAGGGGGGGAAAUACAGACGGGCGGUGAAUAACAUUGGGAGUUGGUCUUUCUGGGUCUCAGUCUUGUUAAUUAAUGACUGUUUCAGACCAUACUAGUUUGGGACACAGAAUCAGUUCCAGAAAGAAAAAACUUGGAGACCUGAUAUAGCAUCUGUGGCGGAAUAGAUUGCCGCAAGUAACAGUUAACAAAUUGUCCGUACCAGAGGUUUAUAUGUGUGGAUUCAAUGCACCCUCUUGCUCCUUCUCCUGUCUAGCUGGCCGUCCCAUUUAAAGUCAACUUCAGGCUGAAGGGUAAGGAUAUGUUGGUCGACAUACAGAGACGGCACCUGAAGGUGGGACUAAAGGGCCACCCACCUGUGAUUGAUGAAGACUUAUAUAACGAGGUGAAGGUGGAGGAGAGUUCAUGGCUGAUCGAGGAUGGGAAAAUAGUCACUGUGCAUUUGGAGAAGGUAACAGCAAAAGCUUCAGGCCAUUUUCAUGCCUAAUUUGGGUAGAGUUGUAAAUUCUUGAAUGUGCUGCUUGUUCCGUCCAGUUGAAGAGGAGCUUGAAAAACUGAGCUGGCAAUCGGAAUACUACUUUUUAUUUUGUCUGAUCAUGCAAAUCAAAUGGGCUACCAUGCCACAGUGAGCCACAAGGCCAGGAUGUUAUCUGAAAAUCUUUGGUCACCUCCCUUUCCAUCCCACGUCCCCUCCCUCAUCCCCUGCUUUUCAGAGAAGGUACUCUUUUCCGUGGAAUGCUCUCACCAGGGAGGUUCACCUGGCACCAUCAUUGUAUAUAUUUAGGCACUAGGCGAAAACAUUCCCCUAUGACAAGGCCUUUGGUCUUAAACUAUCUGCAGCCUUUUAGAAGUGGGUGAUAUUUUUAAAAUCUGUUUCUGUUUCCUCUUGGCUUUACUGCCUUUUUGGUUGUAAAUUACUUUGGGUUGCCCUAACCUAGACUAACAACUUUAAUGAAUAACGCUGGUUGUAAAAACAUUUCAUUCUGCAAUCUUGUUUCUUUUAGAUCAACAAGAUGGAAUGGUGGAACAAGUUAGUCCAAACAGACCCAGAGAUUAACACCAAGAAAAUUAACCCAGAGAACUCAAAAGUGAGUGCUUUUCCUGCUCAGUUGUGGUCAUGCCCUGCUUGUGGGCUUUCGACAGGCAUCAUUUCAUGCUCUUAAUUUUUUAUUUAAAAGGAUGAGUGACAGCUUCUUGUUUCAUGGAACAAGCACAUAUACUAUUCAUCUGGAGAGUUCAUCACUGGGUCAGAACAGAGGAAGCUGUCUUCUAUCAGAUCAGACCAUUGGUUUAUCUAGCUCAGUAUUGUCUAUACUGAUUGGCAGCAGCUCCCCAGGGUCUCAGACUGGGGUCUUCUCUAGCCCUUCCUAGAAAUGCCAUGGAUUGAACUUUUGCAUAGAAAGCAGAUGCUCUACCACUGUCCUUUCCCGAUGUAUUUCCCACAAUGAAUACUUUUCCUUGGUUUAAAAAUUGUCAAGACUUUUGUGCCAUCUUCAGUGGGUGAACUCAUAGAACACAAAGUCAUUACACACAAUCCUGUGGUUCUCAGAGGUUGGUGUGCUUCCGUAAAGAGGCACAGGUUUCUUCUUUUAUAUGCUGCUGCCAGCAAUGGUUCUGGCUGCUCAGCCCGUGACUCAGAGAUCCUUGGUAUGCAUGCUGCCAGGAAGGCAGCAGCUAGAAAGUGCUGAGAAGGGAAGGGCUGGGGUGUGAAUCUCAAUGAUUCCCAGCACCAUGGUGAAACCACAUUGCUUUGUUCCCACUGCAACCAGUUAUCAGAUCUGGACAGUGAAACCCGCAGCAUGGUGGAGAAAAUGAUGUAUGACCAGCGGCAGAAAUCAAUGGGCCUCCCCACAUCUGAUGAGCAGAAGAAGCAGGACAUCCUGAAAAAGUGAGUAAGAGCAGUUUGUGUGUCUCAUGGGGAAUAUGAGGGGAAAGUAUGAAGGGUCGCUCUCUGAGCACAGAUAUCUGCAUUUGUGCAUUGCUGUACCACCAAAUUACCUGUACCCUUGAUAGUUUAAAAUUCAAAAUCAGUAAAAUAUCCAUAUAGUCAACAGCAUCACAAACCAACCCACAUCUUGGUGGCCAAUGAAUGCAAGAAGUCCUUGUUGGUGAGAAAUGGCUCAGCUAUAGUUCAGCUCUAGGUCCAGGGAGUAGGGCACUGUCCAGGAACAAAUGACCUGGCAGUACCAUCUCGGCUUUUAUCAAUUAUGUGGUGUGUAACUAUAAUUUCCUCAGAGCCAGAUUGCUUAACCUCUUUCACCCCAGCAAUAGAUGGAUCGCUAGACAUUCAUUUAUAGCUUUAUUGCCCUGUUUGGCAGAGGUUGCCUAUAUGCUUCUGUGAGUAAUUAUCCUGUUAAGGCCAUGCAGGGUGAUGCUUCCUGCUCUCUGGGUUGGAAAGAGGGUAACUACAGGGCACACAGCUACCUACCUGGCAGUACCAUCUCUGCUUGGCGCAAUUACGUGCUGUGUGACUAAUCGCCAUGUGCUUCAAAGCCAGAACAAGAGGCUGAUCACAAUAGCAGCAUCCAUAGCCUCAGAAUGGUUCCACUGAAAUUAAUGGGUAUGACCAGCUGAGAGUUAUACAUUUCAGUGGGUCUACUCUGAGUAGAACUGAGGUGCUAUGCACUGUCUUAAUAUUGGCAAGCAUCAAAUGCAGCAGCAUCUGCUUCUGUUACCUGUAGAGCUUUGUUCAAUGCUUCAAAAGAAGUCUUUAGUGUUGCUGAUGAGCUAAGAAUUUGCACUUUACUCAAAUAUAUGUCCAAGUCAAAAACAGGGUCUUUUUCAAGAUUUCCACCAUGAAUCCUAUUUUCCCUUCACUGCUGCUAAUGGCUGUAAUGGUAAGGAGGCUGAUUUAAAUAAUAGUUUAGCUGCUUCACAUCUGAGCUCAUUGACUUUGGGCCAAACAAUGAGAGAUGGGCAUCCUGCUACAUUUCUAUGCUGGGCAAUGAUUUUUAUCCUCUGGCAGCCUACCUGGUUGCUUUGCUGGAUACUCAAUCACCCAUGCACGGUUUUUUGCUGCCUGUGGCUGUUAGACAAAUACAGGCUGAUAGUUUUAAGAUUGCCAGUCCAGAAUGACUUGCCAGGUGACAAAUGUAUGGAACCUGGUAACUUGGAAGCAUACAAUCUCUUUGCUGUUGCUCACUAGCACAGACCACCCAGCUACCUGCCUGUUUUGCCAGACUCCGCAUGUGUCCAGUGGAGUGAUUUUAAGGCAGUGCUUUGAACUUCAUCCCAUCAAUUGGGCAAUGUAUAAAGAUCUAACUUGCAGAAUCGUCGUUCAUCUGUAUCUUUCAUGUGCUUGAUGCACCUUAACCCACUUUUCCCUUCAGUCCCCUUCCAUAUAUUGUUUCACCACCACCACAUUUUCUCUUCAUUUGAAUGUUAAUGUGUUUAUAUUCUUUCUUUCAUUUAUAACUGGAGAAUUGCAAAAAUAUAAUCUAAAGAACAGAUUUGUCACCAAAAUAAACAAGGGCAUGAGCUAAGUGCUGCAUAAAAGAUUGAAUACUUCUGUGUAGUGUUCCUGACAUGGUUUUGGUGGUAAAGAGACCCAAGUCAGAGCAAAUCUUCCAGAAAGAUCUGAAGCCUGACUUUUAAACAUGUUUUUCUCUAAGGUUCCCCUUCAGUCCAUGGUGUUCUUAUUGCACAAACAGAAAUGAUGUUUGCAUAGACUUGAAAACUCAUUUCUAUAAGCCAGGUGCUACGUGUCUGAACUGAAGCUAAUAGUUCCCAAGGGCACGUUAGAUUAAUUUGUCGUUCCUCAUUUACAACUGUAGUACGUCGUUAUGGGGCAAUAUUACUGAUACUGCUAAUGGGAGACUUAAGGCAGCAUUAUAGGCUACAGUUAGUCAGAGUCAUAAUGAUAUCAGGGUCACCUGUGAUGUUCCAAAACAGGGUGGAGGGUGGUCUUACAGUAGCUUAAUGACCUUAAUAACCAGUAUGACAGCUGCCUGCAUUUAAGAGGCUGCUUUAUUUUUCAGAUAAUGGCCCAGGGGCCAGUAGUGUGUUUUCCUUCACAGACUCUUUCACAAGUAUAUACCAGUUGCUGAGAAUCACACGUGGGGAAAAGAAUGUUGUGCUGCAGUCCUGCUUGUGGACUUCUUAUUGGCAUCUGGUUGGCCACUGUGAGAAUGGAAUGCUGGACUAGGUGGGCCUUUUCCCUGAGCCAGCUGGUUAGACUGCAUAAUGAAGUUGACAUCAUGUAGCAGUGAGGGCAUCUUCCUAACACUGCACAUGUACUCAAACAUGGCACGAUAUGCAACAACCAAAAUGGGUAGCAUCAAAGUGUGGGAUCUGUUUUCAGCUUGAUGCAAUUCCUCAAACCCCCAGUGGUGAAACAUCAACCAAUAAAACACGAGGCUGGUGGACCAUAAUAAAAACAAUGUAUUUUUUUUAAAAAACAAAGCAUCUGUCAACCAAAACUGUAACUCUUAUAAACUGUCUUGAAACCCCAGAGUGUACAGUAGCAUACAAGAGCUAUAAAUAAAUGCUGAAAGCAGCAACACAAUCCUGAUUUUUUAAGUAAAUUCAUUUUUACCUGGCAAGUGAAACUCAAGAGUAGGUACAUGGUCCUAGGGAGGGCAAUACUGAUUUUCACGUACUCAUAACAUUGCCUUGCUGAUCCUUCUUUCCUAGCUUUUUCAGCUAAUGUGUGCUUCUUUCAUAUUUACAGGUUCAUGGAACAGCAUCCAGAAAUGGAUUUCUCAAAAGCAAAAUUCAACUGAUAUGGUUGGCCUUUUUCUUCCCUCCCCCCCUCUAAACUCAUUAGGAUAAAAUAUAAAUGAAAAUAAAUCAGCAGGACAGUAUAGUCGUUUCACCCAGCCCUGGGACUGCUCACAUCACCUCAGAGUGAAUUUUCUGUGUAAAAAGAGCUGCACUGGUUAAUCCAUGUAGCACACUGCUUACGCUUCUGGAUUUUCAACAGCAGUAUCAAUCACCUAAGGCCCAUUUUACCUUUGCACAGGGAAGAAUAUUUCAGGGAGAGGAAGGAGUGAUGGGAAAAGGGAGUACUUGAUGGAAUCAGAUUGUCCCUUGGUUCUUGCUUAGUGUCUAGGAAGUAUCAUUUAAAAUACAAUAAUUUAAGUAGCAAGAGAGACACUCAGCCUUCAUCAUCCUCUACUCUCCCAGCUCCUGCUCUUGAAAUCAGAGCUGAAAGUCUUCCUGCAGCCUUCCUUCUACAAACAAAGCAACCCCUGCAGACUUCUAAUUCAGUGCAACAAUGCUGAGCAUUUUCAGACAUUGCAAGAAAAACUACUGACAAAUUUGAUCCACAGGUGUCUCAUGCUUGUUGCACUUGCACCAUUGUCCCCAAGGAAUAGCUUGUGUUGGAGUGAUAAGCACUUCACUCAAGAAAGUUCCCAUUAGACGUUAAAAUGAAAGCACGAGAAGCAGCUUCACAAAGCACCCAUGUAUCUGCUUGUCAGAACUUUCUAUAACCUCUAAAGUUACCGUAGUAUUUCAAGUGUUAAAUUCAGAAGCUUGGAGGCAAAAGGGAUAGAUUGCUUUUGCAUCUGUGUUUAGGCUUAUGGAUGGAGUGUAGGAGUAUCAAACUGUUUAGGCCACAUCAGAAUCUGGUAUAUCAGUCCUACAUGUUGUUCCACUUGGAUCUGUCACUCAGCUGUUUCUGCCAGGCCCUAAUGGACCCAUUUCAGAGCUUCCGUCGUGUAUAUUUGCCCCAGAUAUUAGAGGUUUUUGCCCUUCAGAAUGACUUCCUUAUCCUUCCUGUUGCAAUACUGCUGGUGAUUUGGCCUUACAUAACCAAUAUUUAGUAAUAGGAAGGGUCUGUUAAGUGAUCAGUUACUUCAAAAAGGUUGACUUGCUCUACUCUUGUUGUAGCUAAAAUGAAUUGAUCCAUACAAACAAUGCUGGUGUCUAAAACUAGCAGUAGGCAAGGUUUUUCUGCUGUCAACAGACACAUGUUGGAUGGCAGACAGAUCUCUGGUUUGUUAGAGACCAGCUGUCCACCUCAUUGAAGCGACUCCACAUACAUUCCCCUUUCGGCAUUGGACAUGCCAAGCAAGAGCCUUCUGCAUGUUCUAUUUUUUUUGUGAUGGUUGCUUUAAAAACAGCUUGUAUUCUGCAUGUAUAAAUAAAAAGGUGAUGUUUUCAUGUG